AUGAAGAGGUGCACGGAAAUUUUUUCGGGUCCCCUGGAUUUUCCUGCUAAUAAACGAGCUGUCCGAGAUGAUGAGUUGCCCUCUGUAAUUGAUGAAGUGUCAAUAGCUCUGAAAUUGUAUGCUCAUAGGCAUGACCCAAGCUAUCCUACUAUCUUUCAUAAAGGUGCAACUAAUGGCAUUACUACUCCCUCUUUGUGGCUACACCCUAAUACAUCUCAACCCUAUAUUAGGUUCUCGAUAAAUGAUGGCAGGAAUUUAGGGAUUGAUGCAAUUGGUCCUGGGAUUGUUCUAAAUAAAUGGUACCAUCUAUGCUACACACUCUCGGAGCCUCUGAAAAGGAUGGACUUCUAUAUAAACGGAAAAUGGGCCGGAUUCAAGUGCAUUGAGCAAGUCUUGACUCAAUGCAUUAUGUUCAACAGAGACCAGUUAAGAAUCGGGUAUUCCAAUGAAACACCUUCGUCUGUAGAUUUUAACGGGCAGAUGAGUAAUUUUCGCUAUUAUAAUUGGCGUUUAUCUCCUGAUGAAGUUGCGAAAGAUUUUGUAAGAUAA